AUGGUUACGACCUAUCAAGUGGUUUUGACCUGCUCACAGACUGAACAGUCCAUGAAACUGGUUAACAUCUUGUGCGAAUGGCCAAGGAUGGAUCUUCCCAAAAACAAGGGAACAGGAAACAUACAAGGCUAUAAUAUAGCAACGAUGUUUGCAAAAGACAUCAAAACAAAGCUGAAGGAAAUAUUGGAAUUAGAAGAGGGUGAUAAGAGGUGUUAUGAACCACACUGGAGAUAUCUGCGAUGGAUUGACAGGAAUGACUUGACCGACCAUAAUGUGAUGAAUAACUCUGUGAAAGGAAUGGAAGAAAGAAAUAAACUUUUUCAUAAAGAGAGAUGGGCUGAAAUGAGUGCUCUUGUUUUAGAAGAAUUUGGCUUGUUUAAACCAAAAACAAUCAUUGGUCUCUUCAGUCCUCCAGGAUAUUACCUUAGUUUGAAAAACUGCAAUAAUGGAAAGCUUAUGGCAACACUGGAAGAUGAGACAGGACAGAGAUUGAAUGAAGGAGUUGGAUACUUUAAGGAUGUAUUGCUUGUAGAAGCAAGAAUCAUUAUCGCUUCUGUUGUCAAGAACAUAACAUAUAGAGAAGCUGAAGAACUUCUCUAUCCAUUGAAAUAACAAAUUUAUGUUCCGGUUGAUUGA